AUGGCAGCACGCAGUGCCCUGGCCACUGCUUUCCUUUCAGUGUGUCAGGAGUUCUUCUUUAACACCGGCAUACAUGGCCUCAAAUACGUCACAGAGAGCGGUCGUCGUAACAUUGAGAGAGUGUUGUGGGCGAUUGUGGUAUUGCUGGGCCUGGUUGGGGCUAGCUUCAUGGUCAGUAGUCUGUGGGCCCGCUAUGUGGGCACCCCAACGAGAGCCAGUGUGGAGACGAAUCAUUACCCAACAUGGCGCCUGCCCUUCCCUGCCGUCACUCUCUGCAACGCCAAUAGAAUCUUCCGGUCCAAGGCAGAGGCUCUUGUUUCCGAACUAAGACUGCCGAAACACAUGUCUCGUGAGGGCGCCCUGCAGAGGCUCUCCCUCCUAGGAGAGCUGAUAGACCCAGAUCCGGGACGCAAGGCGACGUUCAGCACAGAGGAAAUAGCUGAGUUCCAGAAGAUCCUCACGGACGGCUCUUACACUGUGCGGCGGCUUAUGGGCGCGCUUGGGCAGAGCUGUGGAGAAUUGCUGGAGCGCUGCAUGUGGGAGGGAACUAUCUACAACUGCUCUGUUCUGUUCGAGGAACGGAAAUCUUACGAUGGUUUCUGCUGCUCGUUCAACUAUCGCGGAGUGAUCGAAACGCAAACGAAGGACGGCAAGAAGACGCUGAUUGUGCCCGUGCAGAACGAGGUGCGGUACACACGGUAUUACAGCCACAGGAUGGGCCUGACAGUUCUGCUGCACCCCGCAGCCCAUGACUACUUCGUGGCCACUAUGUACUCGACCGGAGUCAGGAUGCUGGUACAUAGGUCCGAUGAUUUCCCAGACGACACGGCCAUAGAAAAGGCUCUGCCAGUGGGUCGCGAGGUGCUCCUCAGGGUGACACCUACGUCAGGCUAUUGCACUGAGGCGGUGCGACAAGUGGACCCCAGCCUCAGGCAGUGCGUGUUUGAGUCGGAAGUGAAGCUGAAGUACUUCCCCGUGUACAGCGAGAUCAACUGCAUUACUGAGUGCCGCAUGGACUACACCAUUCACCACUGCAAAUGCAGCCACUUCUAUUAUCACGACACUGGAGCUACUCGUCUGUGUGACCUCACUGAUCUCCUAUGUCUCAAAUCUUACUAUUCGUCUCUUGGCGGCAUCUUCAGCUUGUUUCUGGGCUGCAGUUUCAUGAGCGGCGUUGAAGUGCUUUAUUACUUCACGCUACGUCUGUUCUUGCGUCUGCGUCUUGAGCAUGUGAAGCAAUCGACGCAGACAAGACGACAACCUGAGGUGGCAACAAUUGGUCAGCUCUUUCCUCAUAGGAAUGUAGGCAGAGUAGCCCCGGUGCCUGUCUAUACCACGGCUACACGUCACUUCUUAUAGCUCACCUUGUACAUGGUUCACCGAAUCUUCUUAAUCUCACAAGCACUGAGGGAAGCUGCAGCUCUGUUCCAGGAUUUUGUCAUCCAGAUAUUUCCAGGCGUUUUCUGAGAAAUCCUUACCUUGUUAUAAUAUAGACUGAAAGUAGAGCAUUAUCUUGUUAUUUAUG